AUGGAGACCAGACUGAGAGCCAGUGAGCAUAAAGCAGAGACCAUGGAGACCAGAAUGAGAGCCAGUGAGAUUAAAAGAGCCGUUAUUAAGAAGCUGAAGGAGAAACAGGAGGAGCAAGCAGAAGCUGUGAGAGCUAUAGGAGGUGGUUUGAACCUCACUGUGAGCCAUGUGGAGGAGCUGAGGAGGGAGAGAGAGGAGAGGAGGGUGUCUUUCUCUGCCUCACUGGUAACAUCUGGUAGUGAGACUUUUGGUCCCUUUAGUGGGCCAACCACACUGAUCUACAGACAUGUCUUCACCAACACUGGAAAUGCCUACAACCCCAAUACAGGUGUCUUCACGGCUCCAGUCAGAGGUGUUUAUUACUUUGCUGUAUUUGUGUUUGGACAUGGUCAUGCUCUUACAGCAGUCUCGCUCCAAAAGAAUGAAGAACAUGUUGUCAUUGCUACAGUCACCAGCCACAGUCACCAGCCAAGCCACAGAGUGGACACUUCUAAUGUAGCUUCUCUGCUGCUGGAGGUGGGAGAUGUGGGCUAUGUGAAUCUGUGUCCCAAAGCAUGGGUCUAUGACAGCUAUAACCACCUAACCACCUUAUCUGGCCACCUGCUCUUCCCCAUGUGAGAGAAGCAGUAGACUGAUGUAGAAGUCAUGUUGGGUGUGGAGUGACGCUAGCAGUGAGAA